AUAAGAUAUCCGGUAUUGCGUCGGAGAGGAGGCAAUCUGGCAAACACGCAACCCACACUGGGACAACUGAUAACGUCAGUACUUGAAUUGUAUCUGUUCACAACAUGCUGGGCCGCAGGGAGAGGCGACGUCAGAGAAGAGAGGCGCAGCAGCAAGAAAAUAAUUCUUCGGGCAAAAAGAUUGUGAAAACAGUGAUGAAAACUGUAUUUAUGCCACACAAUGCUGUGACUACCACAAUAAGUUGUGCGAAACUAGGAGUGAAGGUGGUCAGUAAAUUUGCGGGUUCUCACGAAGAUGUAAGCAGUCAUGAGCCAGAACAUCCAAUCACAUCUUCUCAGCAUAUAUCAAAGUCCACUCCAGAUUUGCGUCCAACAUGUCCAAACUGGACAUCAAGCUCUCCUUCACCCAACAUGUGCCCGCCACAAGAUUUUACAUCAUCUACCAUGAUGACUUUUCCACAUAGUAGUACUAGAGCUCUCUCACCAAACACCGCUUCCUCAUCUUCACCAGCGUAUUGGGGAGUAACUGAUCCCCUACCAAAUGUAUCCUCUACAGCUUCCAGUACGCGAUCCAACUCACCCAGUGUACCUCCGAAUACACCAUAUGAGCCAGUAUCAAAUCCGUUUGCUGGACCAUAUUUGCAUCCAAUGGCACUAGCGACAUAUUAUGAGAACUAAGUAUUCACAGUUUUAAUAGUUCUACUUUGAACAUGAUGUGCAGAAAAUUAUGGUUGCAUCACAAAUGUUAAUAAAGGUGAUGUAGAAGCUAAAUUAAAAAGCAUUAUUACAAGGUGGUCCCAGAAAACAUGAUACGUUUGGAAAAAUAAUUGUUAAGGUUUUUGUUUAGUACUAUUGCUUUUGGAAGAUUAGCACGUAGGUAUUACAGAAUCUAUAUCAUAAGCAACUAUUCAUGUUGUUAACGUCUCAAUAAACAGUGAUACAUUGUGUACGUAAUUUUAAACUUACGUAAUAAUGAUUACAUAAUCAUUUAUAAAGCUAUGACUGUCCAGUGGAUCACAAUUUUAAAUGUAAAAUAAUGAAUAAAUAAUAAAGAACAACUACAUUUACAAUUUUUUUAAUUAUAUGCGCUACAGAAUAGUUUCUUUAAAACGACAACAGUAAAAAUCCGAUCUCAAGUCUUAGAACUAUAAAUGCUAGUAAAACAAAUUUACUAGAAAAUUUGUUACUUAUUCCGUAAUAGUCUAAGUGUAGAGUCUGGUUGUUUUUUGCCCGCAAAAGUUUAAGCUGAUGUUAUGAGAAUAGAGUGUUAGCAGAGUGUCCAAACAAUUUAUAUCAACACAAGAUAUUUAACACAAUAUAUAAAACAAAAUAAACAUUCUUAAAGUAACUUAUCCCAGUUUAGUCUAAUGAAGACAUUAAAGGUGUUUCUUUGGCUAUUCUCAGCUUAAAAUUUAAAAAUAUACUUCUGCACGAUCUGGUUUAUAUGGUUUAUUGAUCUAUACACUAACAGGUCACUGAAAAAAAUGAAUGUGAAGGGGCAGUGUUAAUAAAUUUAUUAGAAAUUAUUAUACAAAUUAUACAAUCUAAUUAUACAAAUUAGACAGAGAUAGAGUGGUCAGUGUAAUCCACGGUAUAACAGCUGUGAUAUGUAUAGUCAGAUGGGUUGCGAAUUACCAGUCUUCAGAAAAAGGGCAAACAAAUGUACGGUCGUUAUGUACUCUCACGAAAGUUAUUAAUCAUGAGGAAGUCAUGACUUACAUUUCGCCAAAACUUUCGUUCAGUGAAUAUAAACUCUAAUAUUAAGUAUGAUAAACUUUCAUAAAUGAAAUGUCCAUAUAGUACUGACUUAAGUUCAAAUACAUUGAAGUCGGGUGUGUUUUAAACAGUUAGCCUUUAUUACACGAAUCAACUUCUCCUAUUUGAGAAACUCCAUAAUUGCUACGAAAUCUAACCUAGAAUUACCACGAGACGUUCUUACUACAGAUGUAACUUGGUGGAUAGCUUAUUCAAAAUGGUAAUAGGUGCUGCCAUUGCUAUAACUUAGUGCUGGACUAUAUUCAUCAUUCAUAUUCUAUAAUACACUAUGCUCUAUAAAUUCCAGGAGUUUUAACUAGGGCAGAAUCAUUGAGUUGAGCUGCAUUCAAUAUAGUAGGUACCUGCAAUUUAGUUUUCUAACUUCAAAUGCAAUGGUUUAGGGCCAUAGUUUAAGUUUGCAUUAACUUCCCAUAAUCAUUCAAGUUCCUCAAGAGACCAAACACCAUAAAUGCCAUUUUGAUCUUGUAGGUACGAAAUAGUUACCAAAAUGUAUAAUACGAAAAAUUAAAAAGAAGCCAAGUGAUUGCGUAAAAGGAAUAAAUUAUCCAAAAGUAACUAAAGAAAGAGAAUAUUUAUGAUUUAGUGCGUCCGCGUCUGAACUGUUUUAGAACAAGAAAGAAGUUAAGAUUUCUAAAUUAUUCUUUUUUACCCGGAGUUAUGUGUGGUUGCUUGUGAUUAUAAGGUGUAUUGUAACACGUAUUAUUUAGUUACGUAUAUAAUAACUAGUGGUAGUGUUGUAAAUAGUUUUAUUUUUGAGUAUGAUAUAAAUAAUUACACAAAUGACGAAAAUAUUUGUUGAAAUAUCUUACUAAUGAGGUAGAAAAUUUUAUAACAAAUGUGAUUGUCUGUAUUAAGUAGCCAAUAGUUUGAUGAGUUCAUUUAUUGAGUAAAAAUCAAACUAAAUAGUAUACAAGCAAUACGGUACUUAUUUACAUGUAAAUAUUACCAAGAAAUACGUGUUAUUAAUAUAUUAUAACUAAGAAUCAACAAACAGAUAUACAAUAUAAUGACUUCAGAAAGGAACAACAAAUAUACACAUGUAGACAACGGGUGAAUAAAUGAGAAAAAUAAACAUGAUGAAUUGAUUUGUGACUAUACCAACCUGUAGAUUGUUCCGUACAUGCAGUAAAUAUUUCACUCCUGUUAGUAAAUAUUUUCGGUUCUGUUUUACAGAGGUUUUAUCUCUCUUUACGGUUCUCACAUGAUUACUAAGAAAGGAGGGGAGAGAAUAAAAGAUAACACCGCCCAGAAGUGAUUAUAAUCUCGCCAUCCCACAAUGUACGGGUCGGGACCGGGACGCCUGCACUUUCAACAUCGUAGGAGACAUAAGUUAAAAACUGUGCUAUAUUUAUCUGACAUCUCUCAGUUAAUGAGAGCUUAGGAUAUAUCUCAAGUCAUUGAGGGAAAUAAGUAUGGUAAAGUGCAAUUAUUUACAUUUACUAACUUAUACUAUAGAAAAAACAUACUUAGACUGGUAUGCAAUUAUUUGAAGUAUUUGGUUUGAUCAAUUUACAUAAAAAUUUGGUGUUUUAGAGUUUGGAAACCAAUGUUUACUAGAAUUUUAAAAUGUAUACUUAAUUAAGAUUAAUGCUUCUGAACUGAAUAAGCUUUUACAGUUUACGAACUUUGACUUUCUUAAUGUACAAAGUUCAAAAGAUUACACCAUUAUAAAGGCUUAUAUAGUAACUACCAUAUUGGCAGUGUGUAUGCAAUAGUUGCUUCAAGUAUUGUUCUUUGAUGAUUUUCAAAUUAAAUGCGAUUAAUGAGUUA